AUGGCUUCAAAAGAUUAUGACUCCGAUGGAGCGCAUCCGGCGACACUGCAACACGACGCGAGUGGGUCAGCUAGCAGCGAGACGAGUGAGAAUCCGGCCGUCGGGGCCGGGCGUUCGAGCGGGCAACACGAGUUUACGACCAAGCCAACGAUUUCCGAGUGUCAGCAGGUCUGUUCGUUGUUGGCAGAAGUGCACGGAGGAAUGCCGGUCCGGCCGGCGCGAUUGGCGGGGGCGACGGAGGAAGCCGAGGGAGUUGAGGAUCUCGCUUCAAGGACGAUUGCGACGGAGUGUGGGGAGGUAGGCGAGGUGCUCGAUGGCUUGGUCCGGACGAUCCUGAGCCAACACACCUCAAGGGCGAACUCGAGCCGCGCCAAACAAGCCCUCGACCAACACUUCGGGACGGGCAAUUAUCACGCCAUCCGGCGAGCUUCUGUCUCCUCUAUCACUGCUGUCCUUCAAGACGCUCGCGUCGGUCUCGCCGCUCGAAAAUCCACGACCAUUCAUGCCCUCCUUAAUCAUAUACAUCUUAACCUUAAUCCCGACUUGAGCCUCGAGUUUCUUCGCUACCUCCCUGAUUCUGAGGCCAUGGAAACUUUGACUUCUUUCAAAGGCGUCGGGGCUAAGACUGCAAGUUGCGUCCUGCUGUUCUGUCUCGGUAGGAACUUUUUCCCGGUCGACACACAUGUCUUUAGGAUCACCAAAGCCUUGGGCUGGCUGCCUCCCCGACCCACCGCAACCAGGGAGAGCGCCUUCAAACAUCUCAACCAGGCUGUCCCUGAUCACCUCAAGUAUCCCUUACACAUACUCCUCUUCCAGCAUGCCCAACAAUGUCUUGUCUGUAAACGGAUCACCUCUAAACCAUCUCAACCCUUAUGUCCUUCCAAAAACAAGUCAACUAUCACCCCCAGAAGGGGAGCUGCCAGACGAGAAUGCAAAGAGGCAAAUGAGAAUACCGAAGCAGGAAAGAGGAUUUCGACCUUCGUCCAGUGCGAUGAUUAUCGAUCUGAAUCUCUAGAUACGGCUGCGGUCGCGGAGAGAGACAAGAACUUGGAACGAAGGACAAAAGGCUCGAAGAUAAAAAAUCUCAAGACUGCAGAAACCCGUCGAUCGAACAGAUUCGGUACUCUCAAAACCGGCGAAGCGGAUACGUCCAAUCUCGCCAAGGUCUAUGGCGACAGAGAGGAUAAUGCUCCGACUUCUUCAAGCCGAAGAACGCGAUUCCAAUCAGCGGGAGGGGUUCAUAUCACUGCACCCUUCUCGUUCAUUUCUAAUUAG